AUGGACCACCAGGGCAAAGCGUUGAGCAUCGCAGAGGAACUCGCUCACAACAGGACGCAGUCGCCGUCGCAGUCGCCGCCUGUUUCUCAGCAGCAGCAGCAGCAGCAGGUGAAGCAGGUCAAGAUCUCGUCGUUGCUGGCACAGCAGCCGGAGGUCCUCGAACGGUCGCAGAGCAGCGUUGAGGCGACGGCGAAGCAACCGCAGAAGGCGAAGAAGUGCAGGUCGCUGUCGUCGUCGAAGAAGAAGGCGCCGCAGUCGACUGUCACGCCUGCUGCUGCUACUGCUGCUGCUACGCCAGCUCCACCUGCCCCGAGACUUCUGGAUCCACCACCAGUGACACCCGCUGCGGUCCACUCGAAGGAACUCACGGGCAACUCGCAGGGGCCAGCAGUCGUGCUGGACGUGCCACUGUACCCUGCCGAUGGCAACGAGUACCUCGACGAGAACGGGACCGUCGUGGUCAAUGUCGCAAAGCUGUUGAACGACACCGCUGGACGACCCCCAGAGGAGACACAGCGGGCCCUCGAACAAGAGAAGAGAGCCAAGAGGGAACAACUGGUCACUACUACUACCACUACUGCCCCGGCAAGCACGGACGAACCACCAAAGAAGAAGUCGCAUCCAAUGAAGGGCAAAUCGCUCAUCGGGAAGUACGACAUGGAGGAUCCCUUCAUCGAUGACACGGAAUUACUUUGGGAGGAGCAACGUGCAGCGACGAAGGACGGGUUCUUCGUGUACUUUGGCCCUCUUAUUGCGAAGGGACAGGUAGCAUCCUUCGAAAGGAUCAAUGGGACCAUGAAGAAGGGAGGGAUACGCAAGUAA